AGAUCAGAAAAAAAAGUUCCUCUGGGGCCCGUUGCAGAAAGAGUUACAAUCAAUCGCAACUUGAACAGUACGCAUUUGGGACUUGCAAUUGAUUUUUUUUUACCUGCGUUUAUAAAACGCAACUCUUUCUGCAACUUACCCCAGAUGUAUUAAAGUCCCCAAUCAAUGUAUGCUUUUGAUUGGAGAGUUGCAUUUGAUUUUUAGGGACUUUGUGUUGAAUUUUAAAGGUGUAAAUGUAUUUGAUUACUAUAUCAUUUUGCGAAAAAAUCCCAGAUAGCGGUAACCCAUUGGGGAGUGUGGUCAUGUUGUCAAAGUACAGUACCCUUUCUACACCAUUCACAGCCUACAUCUGCAUGCAGGAAAAACAGUUCGCUCCUGCUGAUGCUGGCAAUUAUGAACUUGUCCGAAACCUCCACCACAAUCCAUUUCCUGAUUUUUCCAACAAUUUCAAUAUCAAUCAGAAUAAUGCAGUGGAAACAAUUUUGAUAUGAUUAGAAAGCGACCCAUGAAUAGAUUUAUGGGAACUACCAUUUAUUGAAAUUAUCAUCUACAUUGCCAGAGUGCGUGUAUACUGAGUGAAAGUUGCCUUAUGGGGCGUUGCAAGAAAGUUACGUUGCAAUUGAUUGCAAAUCGACUGCAACUUUGCAGCCGAUUCCGAUCGACUGCAACUAGCAAUCAAUCGCCAAUUUGCGUUGCAAGAAAAAGGCUUGCGAUUGAACGCAAGUUGCAGCUGAUCUGCAGACGAUUUGCAGCUGUAAACAGGGUCUGCAGCACAAGACUAGCCGAAAAAGCAAAAUAUUGGCUUGCAACAAUCUUGAACCUGGAAGAGAUUAUGAUGCCAAAGAAGUCUGGAAUAAACAAGAAACCUCCGAACCACCAUAACUGUGUCUGCUACAAUGUGUGUUCUUGCAACCAGCUGAUUGAUUCAUUUUAUCAACUCUCAAAUGUUUGAUUAUCAGAACUGAAUUCAGAGCUGCUCCUGUCUGUAGUAACAUCUUAUUAGAGUGGACUUCAGAAUGAGGGUGUUGCUGGUUUAAAAACUUCACUCCAUGGAGCUCUCCAAAGUCAUCUCAAAUUAGACUGCUUCUGGAAACCAAAUUUGUUCCUUCAAGCAGAGAAGCUUGUGGCUUUCCUGACUGGACUUCUAUGGAUUCUUCUUGCCAACAUUAAGGACUGUGGGCUGACAUUCAGUGAUACAGGGAGUUGAGAAUGGCACAGAUGAGCAGGUGCGGGAAAUCUUCACCGAUGUAUUUGUACAGAACCAAAGACUGGACCACCUCACUGCGGUGAUGGGCCUACAUCCUCAGUACCUUGCCGCUUUCUGCCGUACCCAAGACUUCAUGCUGCGAGGGAACGGACCCCUUCCGUACGACUACAGGAAUUACAUUGCCAUUCUUACAGCUGCCCGUCACAGAUGCUCCUACGUGAUGAGAUUACAGGAGAGCGAGUUCUUAGCCCAGGGCGGAGACCGGGAAUGGUUACAGGGGUUGGAGCACGUACCUCCUAAAAUCCAGGCCCUCUACCAGCUAAUCAAACUCCUUUCUCAUCGGCCGUGGUUAAUCACGCAAGAGUUAAUAGAGAAAUUACUGAAAGGUCCCCACAAUUGGACGUUAUCAGAGUUGGUCCAAGCCUGCGUUCUCAUCUCCCACUUCACAUCGUUACCCAGCUUCAUCUACGGCUGCGGCAUCAAUCCUGAAAUCGACAUGGAUGGAGGUCAUACGUUAAGACCGCCCUCGUUGUCAGACGAGCCCGGUCUUUCAAAUAACAAUAAGCCAAAUGAGGAGUCUGCGGGAGGGAACGUUGAGGAGCUGGUACAGAAGAUGAAGAACAUUGAGAAGCAGAGCGACACUGAAGACUCCCAAGAAGAGAAAGUCAAGAAGUUUGAGAAAGUCAGAGAACAGAGCGGCCAGUUACUGCCAAGAAGUCCAGGUUCAUGCGGGGAGAGGGAGGACAUCACGCCAUUUGUCCAGGAUCCCAACUUCCUUUACGAGGACUUUGCCAGACGGGGGGAGAACUCCCAGUUCCAGACCUUCCGGGCCCAGGACUACACGUGGGAAGACCAGGGCUACUCGCUGGUCAAUAGGUACUACCCUGAUGUUAGUCAGCUCAUGGAUGACAAGCUUGGUGUAGCUUACAACAUGACCUACAAUACAAUGGGCCAUAAAAAACAAGUAGACACCUCUUUACUAAGACGAGCCAUCUGGAACUACAUCCAUUCGCUGUACGGGAUACGGCAUGACGACUACGACUACGGAGAGAUCAAUGAGCUGCUCGAUAGGCAACUGAAGACGUACAUCAAGACAAUCGCGUGCUAUCCAGAUCGGACCACCAAACACGAUUACGACAGCUUCUGGCUAGACUUUAAGCACUCAGAAAAGGUCCAUGUCAAUGUGAUGGUGUUAGAAGCCAGAAUACAGGCCAGUCUACUUUACUGCUUACGAGCCAUCAUGAGGUACAUGACAUGACCUUUUGACCUCUCUCAGGUCAACCGCUGCGGUUAGAGGUCAAGUACAUCUCAAGGUUAUCCUCCUGAACAGUGCAAAGUCCCGAACAAUUCUGCAUAGACUUUUUUUUCGCACGAUUUGAAGCUGUCCGUCCCGUUACUCCUGCUGCGCCCCUGCAACUCUCGCCGUACCCCCGCUUGUCAUUACGCCAGUAUAGCCAAUCCCCGACGAACUUAAUCUCUUCACUGCAAAUCUUGACAACCUGUCUGCAAAACUUGAAAAAAAAUGUGCUCUGAACAAAUUUGUGUAGCAGUGUUUCUCUUAUAUAUAUAUAUAUAUAUAUAUAUAAAUAUUGAUCCCUUGAUGCAUUGUGUUGGAAAGCUUGAGAAUCCUUUAUAUUAGGAAUUGUCAUCAUGGGAAACUUGUCAGUAACAUUUGAUGGGUUCACUGUAUGGAUUCCCGUAUGGAUAUAGAGAAUGUUGCUGAGGUGCUCUUGAAACAACACGCAUAGUGUGAUGUACGCUGCAAGAAGACUUUGAUGGUGAUGAGAAAAAAAGUUGUCAAUAUCUUGGGAUUAUUUCGCUGGAUGGAAACUUGAGAUAGUGUUCUUGAAACGAUGAGCAUAGAGAUGUAUGCUACAGGAAGACUUGGAUGGUUAUGAGGAAAAGCUGUCUAUAACUUGUGAUUGACUAGCUUGUAUGGAAUCUCAUAUGGUUAUCUUGAACUCAACUACGGCAUUAGUGAAGCAAUAAGCAUAGUAUCGUGUAUGCUGCACGAAGACGUCGAUGGUUAUGAGAAAAAUGUGUCAAGAUCUUGGGGUUGAUCCACUCUUUGGGAUCUCAGACGGUAUCCGUCAAUGGUCACUGAAGCAUCCAUGAAACUAUGAGCAAAGUGUGAUGUAAACUGCAAGAAGGCUUGAACGGUAAUGAGAAGACCACAAACCUACGGCCAGCAGUAAUCUGUCCAUUUCCUUCUCUCCAUUAUCAAUGUGCACAUAGCCGGUAGGAUAAAAGUAGUUUGAAGCAAAAGAGCUUGAAAAAUGACGGUCAAGUUACAGUAAGCCUUGCAAAAUAUUGGACCAUUUUCCUUGAUAAUCAAAUUUAUUUUUUACCAGUGGACAACGGAAUUGUGUGAUUUCCGUAGACUGUAUACAGGAAUCACAUUUUUCCGGUAUGCAAUGGGUUAACCAAUUUUUCUACAAAGGAUAUAUGCUGCUAUACGAUCUGUGUACAUGUACAUGGUGAGAGGGGGGGGGGGACAAAAUGUUAUUUUGUUAUAAUGGACAAACUUGGGCAUUGAAUUUUUUUUGGUGGGCAUACACUGCGUGAUACUGCUAGUAUUUAUCAAAUAUUAUAGAGCUGCUUUGUUCCUAAACAAAAAGGCAAAUGAACAUCAUUGGUAUAAGCAUUCUGUAUGUAUAUAUGGCAUUGCUGCUGGAAGUGUGCAGAUUGGCUAGGUCUCUGAAGGCACAGCUUAGAACAACAUUUAUUGAGAGACUGAACAUGAAGAGGAUUUUGUACAGUAAUGUAUUUGUACUUUUUAUGGCGUUUUUUAUGUGAAAUUCGAUGUCUUUUGCAGUAUUUAAAAGGUUUUUCAGAAACAGUUUGUAUUUUUCACAAGUUACAUUUCAAAUUAUAGGGGGAAACUCAAUGAAGUGCUUUCAUUAGAUGGACAAAAAAAAAGAUGAAAUUAAAAUGAAAUAUACCAUGGUGAUUUUUGAAAGGUCAGACAAGGCCAACAAAGUCAAAGAUCUGAUACUGGGCCUGUGUUCCCAACGUGAGUGGGGUUAUCUACUUUCCCCUUUGCUAAUGGCAAGGAAAGAAUAAUCGUCAGUGAAGUAAAGGUAUUAGACGACUUUUCUUGGGAAUCUUGACCAGAAAUUAUCAGCCACCGUAAAUUUGUAUACCAAAGAAUCAGAGUGAGAGUUAGUUGAUUAUUAAAGCAGUCAGACCCGUCGAGCCUGCACUGUCACUGCAGCUGCAUGUAACAGUACAUUGUCACAGGAGAAGAGGAGAGAGUAAGCUGAAACAUUGACUGAAUAGUGUUCAUGCUGCAUUGUAAAGCAGCUAAAGUGAAGAAGGAAUUCAAACAGCAAUUGUGCCCUACUGGUGUAAGCUAUAAAGUAAGGGGCAGAAAUUCUUUUGGAAUUCAUAGCGUAACGAAGUGUGACGUCAUCAAUUUUCACUUUUUGCACAUCGGCGUUUUUUUACCAUAUUUUGGUAGAGCAGGAUGAAACCCACAAGCCAAAUAUGGUGGGAAUCGGUCCGUAGGGCCCCAAGAUAUGACCUCAUGAAUACAUAAUUAGCCCCAUUGAAGUCAGUGUAUUAUUGGCUGGGUUCCUAACAUUUAGAACCAGACCAAUUAUACACUGACUUCAAUGAGGCUAAUUAUGUAUUCAUGAGGUCAUAUCUAAGGCCCCCAUGGACAGAUUCCCACCAAAUUUUGGUAGUGGGGGGGGGGGGGGUUUCAUCAUGCUCUACCAAAAUAUGGUAUCAAAAACGCUGAAAUGCUAAAAAAAGUUUUUUGUGACGUUAUCACUUCGAUACUCCUGUUAAUUAUUGAUGUGUAAUAAUAAUAAUAAUAGGCAUUUAUAUAGCGCCAUCUAUCUAGAAAUAUUCUAUUCCGAGGCGCGUUGUUAUUAUUAUUAUUACCCCGGCUUUAGCUUGAGCUGCCUUUCAGGGCUCAUGCAUUCAAGGAAUUAAUCCUGCCGGGUACCCAUUCCAGUGUAGUCCAGCUAUGGGUCAUAAUGUCACAAGAAGGUCAUAAAGGUCAGCAAGGAAACGUAGCCUCUGACUGCAAUUUAUAUAUAUAUAUGACGGCAUGAUGAAAUGUGAAUUAUUUAUUGCUUCAUUUUUUUUUUUUUCAGUCAUCUUCCAAUAGAAAGUAAAAAGGAUUAGUGUUGGGUGAUGUAAUUUCAAGCACCAAACAUCAUUCCUGUGUUCAUUUUAAGUUUGCUAUUGUUGGUGUGUUAGUUUAACCCUUAGUUAAUUGGUAGGAUAAUAUUACCUCCCCCCCCCCUCUCCUUUCAGUGAAUAUCCUGACUACUCUGAAUUUGAAAUAAUUAUAUUUGUUAUAAAAGCUGAGGUAACAUGUUUUGAUCAUCAUUAUUGAUAUUAUCUAGUAUGUAUAUGCCAAAUAAUGUGUUAAGUUAUGUAUUGAAUCUGUACUUUAAAGUUGUUUGUAAUGAAUUGGUGGAACGUGCAUUGAUGAAAUCUUGAACCUCUCCCCCAGAAUUCUCACAUCUUUGAUAUUAAUAGUCACCUUGUCUUGAGACUCCAUAGGAAGUAGAUGUAGUUUACCGACUCCAGACUUUGUGAAAAGCUGUAGACAUCCAUGCAAUACAGUUAUAUCUUUGGUGCUCAGCCAACUGUCCCAUCCAGUCGUAUCACAUGCGUUCACAUCGUAAAAGUCACUCUUUAUUGAGCUUUAAUUGGAGGUAGAUUACAAUUCGCUACAUCCAGACUCUGUGAAAGGCUAUAGAUAUCUAUGCAGUACAGAUUCAUUUUGGGGGGUCAGCCAAAUAUACUGUCCCAUCCAUUCGAAUGACACACACUUACAUAUUAAAAGUCUCACUCUAACAACUGAGCUUUCGUGGGAGGUAGAUUGCAAUUCUAGAUGUUCAACAAUCUGUACGUGUUCGGCAGAAUCACCUGUUCAGGUCAUUUUUCUCAACAUGGCCAAUCGAGACUGAUCAAUAUUGUGCCAUCAUUUUCUUACAAGCUAAACACUGCCAAAAAAUUUACGAUGGAGAUGAUUCUGUCAUCCAGUCUCAUGGCGUAGAAUGUACAUAUCAAGUUCACAUUCUUUUUUCAACUUCUUACUUUGUAUGGCAAUAAUUUAGUCUCACAUAUAUUUCUGGUUUAGAAAAACAUUUUUAAAAAAUCUUCAAGCCCCCACAUGCUCUGUAUUUUGAAGUUAAAUCUAAAUCAUAAAAAAAACAGGGAUAGGGGGGCGUGGGAGGUGGGUAAAUGUGCAGCGGAAACUGUUGUGUGAUUAUCCCCCCCCCCCCCUUCGAGUCUCCCACGUUUUUUGUAUCCAACUUGCAAUGUCCAGACACAUUAGUUCUGAAUGAUAAUAGUCUUGGUAGUAAUGAUAAUAUGCAACAUUUAUAUAACACUAUAUACAGUGUUUGUAAGUAUUGCAUACUAUUCCUCUGGCUUUAGCCCCGCUUCUCUUAUCGGUCACUCGAGCAUUCAAGGAAUUACACCUGGGUGGAGAGUGGCAAAUUUAGAUACAGUCCUUGCCAAAGAACACAAGUGCUGCAGUGGGACUCGUACCCCCGACCAUGUGGUUCAAAUUCAGGCGACUUAUCCACUGAGCCACAACCCCUUUGAAGUUUAUUUAUUUAUUUGGGGGGUGCAAAUCAGAUAAAAAAUACCCCCAAAAAAAUUAUUUAACUUUUUUUCAUUUCUAGCUAGGUCAGAAUUUAGCACAGUGUGAUUUAUUUAAGUAUAUUUAUAGGAAGUUAGAGAUGGAAAGCAGCUGAUUAACUGAUUCCACUAUUUAAAAAAAAAUUGACUGUAGGUAUCUUUAAAAUUGCUGCGUUAAGUCCUUUCCUGCAUUGUAUGUUACUUUAUGUACGGUGCCAAAUUAAUGUAAAUUUGUCUUUGAAAUUUGCCAGUUUAUUUGACAUAUUUUAUUACCCCUAAAAAUGUCAACAUCUUGACUUGUUUUGCUUCUUAUUUGCACAGCUCAAUGAGUACUAGCCUGUUAUUUUCUGGUAUUUAAUAUAAGAUAGACGCAAGUGUGAUGUUUUUCGAUACCUCAAAAUAAUGAGGAAAAAAAUCAGAGAGACUCCACUCCACACCUGGGUAUAGUGAAAUGAUUGAUAUAGUAGACCGAGACCUGGGCCCCCGUCUUACAAAGAGUUACAAUUGAUCUUAUCAAUCGCAACUUUGGACGGCCAGCAACAUCAACAUCUAUUAUGCAUGUUUGUUCAAAGUAUUUUCUAGCUAUGAUGUAUAUUCAUGCAUUCAUUGUUUUCUUGAAAAUUCACUGCGCUUCCCUUUGCAUACAAAGGACAUUGUGCAAAUUUUUUGUAGAAAAAAUUAUGACACUGUUGGAUUUCCAUAGAGUUACGAUUGAUUAGUUUCUCUUUUGCAAAUCAAAAUUAGCGACAGCCGUUCAACUUCUAUUCAUUUUCAUAUUUUGAAGAAAAAAUGGAUACAACAUGAGUCUCAAUUAAUGAUAGAAGAAUGAAUAUACUGAAAAACUUGGCAAUUUGCAUUUCGAACAGUGAUUAUGUUGUUUUAAUCGCGUUGCCAAUUUUGAGUUUGAAAUUAUUAGCUCAUGUUACAUGGGACAUGUUCAGGAACAGCACCACAUACUGUUAUGUGAAUAGUAUUAUUUGUUUUUCGGUACAUUGCUCUCUUUCUAAUCAUAUUUGUUAUGUGAUUGCUAGCAUUCAGGAUGAUGACAAACUGCAAAAGUGUUUUAAUUUGAAUUUUGAACCUUAGAGUUAAUCCUUCUCUCCUCAAAUUGGCAAGCAAUGUUUUGUUCUAUUCAUUUUCAUAUUUUAAACAACAAAUCUGGAUACAACAUUAAAGGAGACACAGUAGCCCUGUGGGUUAAAGGUUGGUCCCUGCAUGUAAAUAAACUUAUCUCAGAGAAGCACCUCUGGUAGAACUCAUUCCAAACUUCAUAUACACACCCCCAUAUGCACACACAAACAGGGAGCCAUAUCAUUCAUGAUUCGUGGUCCUAUCUCUAAAAGUACACAUGUGAGAUAGUCGGUAAUCACUGACAAAUAUUGAGAAUGGAGGAGCCAUGAUUGUCACACAGAUCUUCCACCCAUUCUGAAUUUGGAGGAAAGAAUCAGAAUUUAUUGCGAUUCAGAGCUCUUGAUUAGAUAGGAUUUCCCUUUAAGACAAAUUAAAAGUUAAUACUUCACAGAAAGGUUAAGAGGUCUGAUUUUCCACCCUCAUACAUUAUUGAUCUUGUCAUGCAAACAUUCUUGAGUGCCAAAUGUAUGUGUUUUAAUCAUUUUCUUUGAAAAGUGAAAUGAAUUGUAUAACUGAUGCCAUGGUCUAUAGUAAUAGGGUUCUGGCAUAUCUGGGGGGGGGGGUGUCAAAGGUCAUAUUUCAGUCGGAUUGUAGAGGUUAUAUACAUUAAUUGACCGUAUGAAGUGGGAAAUUAAUGACUUUGAAAGCUGAGAAUGGGCUCAUAUUUAUAUCUGUAGAGUUUAAGGUAUUAUUUUACCUUUGUUUCUAUAUAUCAUCUGUGGCCUAUUUCUUCCCUGACAUUGUUAAUAUAACUUUUAAUUAAGGAUGGGUGAGUAUUGACAGAUAAAUUAUUUCUUUCUGUAAGUCAUUCAUAUUCAAUUAUAAAAGCCUGGUCAACAAUCCACAAUGCUCAACGUUCCUAUUUGUCGAAAUACAUAAACAUUGCAUUUUCAAUAUAUAUGUAUAUCUUGCAUCCCUUGUUUAAGGCAAUAAUAUAUGUAUAUAUAGUGCUCAACAGUUUGUAUGAAUGAAUGGCCUUAUAUGUAAUAUGCUAUGUCAGUUACUUUGACAAGGCUUUUCAUUUAUUAGAUGUAAAGAUUACCGCUAAAAGGGGAUGGAAGUUUGAACCUUGUCAUGAUCGUGCGAAUUUGUUUGAAUGAAACUGCCAUUGUGAUUUGGUUUAAUAUUUUUUUCAAACCAUUUUCUUAUUACCAUUCUUAUAACUUGUGUAAAUUCAAAAGAUUGAUUUGCCUGAAUGAAGCUGGGGGAGGGGUAUUCACCACUUGUAUAAUUGAAAUUUAAUUUCAAGUGAAUUAAAAACCAAUUUUAUAGACAAUUUAAUUGGUCUACAGCUAUUAAAAUCAAUUUUUUAGCUGUGCGGGAAUAACCUUUAAGAAUAUCUUGCAGUUGAUCCUAGCCUGAAGAAACAAGGCCUACAUAAUUAUCAUGCAUCAAAUAAUUGGUGGGAUCAAGCACCCCCACCACCAGUAAAACCACAGUUGUAUUUCAUUGUAAUCUCAAAUACCCUAUAAACUGCAGCUACAUGUAAAUGCAGGCUCUAAGCCAUUCGUGCUCGCCCUUGUGCUACGGAAGUAGACGACAUAUGUUUGUGUACUUUCCUUGUAUUAUCAAAAUGAUAUUAAGAAAUAUAUUCUGAAUUUGAAUUGUGUACUUGUGUAGAUUAUUUGUUCUAGUUCCAAUUGUGUUACCUUGUGAUGAGGUAGAGUAGGUUGCACGAACCUUUGUCACUCAAGUUUCACAAUGAUUUGCAAUCAAUAGCAAAAAGGCACUGACCAGUCAGGAUCAUUGUCCCAAACCUUUGUGGCGCCAGUUUCACAAAGGUAUAUAAUCAUUUGCAAUACGGCAAUAACCAUUGAAGGUCUUUGAUCCAUUCACAUCUUGUUCAGCUUUCCCGACUUUUACCUGUCAAGAUCUAUGGCAUGCAUCAUGCAUUGUUCCGUUCAGUUACAAACCUUACAAACCAAUAUUGAUGAAUAAAGUUUGAAAUUUGAUAGAUUAAAACCUCCUGGGUCAUUUUAAGCAAACAUGUAUAGUGUAAGUACCAGUAAAAUGCUGACAUGGUCAUGCCUUCUUUAAGCCUUCGCACAGGCAAUAUACUCAAACCCAGUAAAAGUUUUGGGCCCUAAUACACUUGCCCUCCAUUUGUUUUAAUAUAUAUUAUGCUGCAUGUGUAGAUAAUAUACCAUGCGCCCCAGAAAGAAAAAAAUAAAUCAUUUUCUGGGAUAGAUAUCCCGUUAAUCACGCUUUAUAAGAACCUUUCUUUCCGGGGGGGGGGGGCAGCCUGUAUGUCUAGUUGACAAGCUUUAUAACAAGCAAGAAGAGCAUGAUAGUUUCUCUCCUAGCUGUGCAUUAUCGCUUCUACUUGUGUCAAGAGUAUGGUCAGAUAUAGAUUCUGCUUUUAUUCUGUUGUAAUUGUCAAAGUAGAUGUAGACUCUAUAAACUUUGGGGCAUUAAGGCACCAGUUCACCAAUUCAUUUUAGAAAUAUUCCAUGGUGUUGAUCCUACACCGACAGGGCUUAGGGGACCACACAAAGAAUAUUGCACCUUUGUUGAAUAUAUGGUUCAAGUUCAACACCCUUUGGUUUUGGUGUCAUAUUCAAACACUCCAGGGUGUUAUCUUUUCACCUGGGAUAUGGUGCUCUCCAAACCCCAGUCAGUCUUACUCUUGUUUUUACAGUGUUGAUAUUGAUAUUUGAUGUGCUUCAUUAAUGGCUCAUUUGACAAUCUGGAUUUUAAAUUGAUUGAGUGGUUGCCCAUUUAAUGAGUUGUUAUGGUAACUAAAUAAUUGACUUGUGAUCUAGUUAUAUUUAUCUGAAUAUAUCUUUUCCAUGAUAUGAACUUAUCCUUUUGUUCUUUUUUGAAAUCCAAAGAAUUAAAAGUAUUAACUUCAUGGUGACUAAAAUAAA